AUGAUUCGAGAGACAGGGGAGCAAUUCAAUGAUGUUGUUACAUUGACAGAUACAUUCAGUAUCCUAGAUCCAAGCACCAAUAUCGAAAUCAUCAUCACCCCCAUUUACAUGAUCAAAUUACAAUCAAUAAUUGAUCUAAUACCGAAACAAACAUCACUCCAAUCGCAUCAGAGCCUAUUAUCAGAGCUCUCAAACGACAAGAGUACCAAAUCUGUAGUCGAACCUGUUAUGCAUAUUUUUAAGAGCAGUACAUCAAGACUACGACGCAAUGGAUAUUGGUUGUGUAAGUUGAAAUUUGGAAUCGAUGACAAGUUUAACCACUGGGGAGUGGUGUUUCCCAUGAUGGAUGUGGGUACCACAGGUGGUACUUAUUUGGGCGUUUUCAAAAUCAAUGGACCUGUUGCGGAAGAUAAGAGGGCGGGUGAAUUGUAUCGUGUCGCUAAUGAGGCAGAUUUGAUAAACGUUGGAGAGGAAACGCCAAAGUUUGAGGAGAAUACUGAGUCGACUAUGGCGUCCGAUGAUGCUAUAGAGUCAUUUUCAAUGAAACCGCCAAUAUCAAUGGAGACAAAAAAGGGCAAUUCACACAAUGUCGAACACGACACCAAUGAUGCUAAUAAUGCACUCACUUUACCCAAUUUUACAUCGCCUUCAAAGCGCGACGAAAGUCAAGAUCCACUUCAAUUCCUAAAUAAUCGAUACUACCAUUCACUAUACUCGUUGAAUGAACCACUAAGUUACUUCCCCAAGGCUUCAUUAACAAGAUUCAAGAAUCUUUGUCAUGGCGAUGUUGAUUCGGUUGCUUCUAUUCUUGAUUUGUUGAUUUCCAAUAUGGAAAAGUUUGAUUCACGAUAUGAUGGGAAAUCAAAUGGUGAGUUUUUCUUGCAUGACAAGGAUGGUGGCGACGUGGCUAAUUGUGAAAUGUUGCAUCAGGAGAAAUUAAAACAAAGAGUUGGAUUUACUGUUAGGAGGGAGAUGGAAAGUGGUGGUGAGAUGGAGAAGGAAAAACUGAUCAUACUAGAUGGGAUUGAUAAUGAUAAAUUACAGAGGCUAAUGCUAGAGUUGAAGGUACGCGAAGCUCAAUUACAACUUAUACUUUUGUUUGAAGUUUUCCAAAAUUGGAAUAUCAACGAAGAUGAUUUCUUGAGCCACAACUUACAAAAGUUAAGUCAAAUGAUGUUGAAACAAAGUCAAGAGCAAAAGAAGGUGAGUCUUGUUCGAAUUCGCAAAAGGAGGAAAUUACAAAAGGACAAGGGGAAUGAAGAAGAAGCAGAAAGUAAAAAGAGAAAACGUGUUAAACCGACAACGUUGCUGGAUCAAUCCACUUUGAAUGGGAUAAAAAAUCGGGAGUUUGCUUACUACUUGUACUUGAAUAAGUUGAUUGAUAGGUUGAAUUUAUGGGAAGUCUUGUUGGCACCUGAUAACAAACAAAUUGGUUCGCCGGGUGUGUCUAGCGCCAAUGAUUCCACUGGUGCUCCUUCAUCAUCAUCGAGUUACGGCUUCUUGGCGUAUGUUUUGGUACCUUAUUAUGGCAAGACAUUGCCGGUGUUGAUGAAAUAUGUUAUUCUGAAUAUGAAGAAUACUAAUAUGAAGUUAAUCAGUAACCACAAGAAGCAAAAGAAAGCGAGUCAGAAAAAGAAGGGCCACUCUGCGGGCUUUGACAAAGUUGAUUCUAAUGGCAAAACAAAUGGUAAUGGGGAAACAAAGAAGCACGGAAAUUUUGAAAGAAAACCUUUGUUCAAGAAUGAUAGUGCAAGUGGUGAAUUAAUUAAAGACAUUUCAAUUGCGUCUUUAAAACGAUCGAAAUCGAGUCUUGGAGGUCAAACAUCACGAGAAUUGUUGGAUAAGCGACAAGUUGAUUUGAAUUUUAAGCCGCCACAUUUGAAAAAGCAAAUUAGUUCAAAUGCGGAUAGCAAUGGCAAUCAAUCAUCAUCUUCUUCGUUGGCAUCGUCGUCGCUUAUUUUUGGACAAGCACGGCGAAGCAAGACCUUGGCUGGUGGUGAGACCCUGAUGCUGGCUCAGUCAAGACCAGGACCAGAAUCGCGAUUAGGAUCAACUUCAAUUGUGAAUGUGGCAGAAACGCCAAUGAAAGCGGGACAACGAAGCACAUUACCGCUUAGAGGUGCUGGUAAUGGGACCGUUGGCGGAGGUAAUGGUUCUUUGGGUGGAAAUAUGAUGAAGUCAGUGUCACAAAUUGAAGCGACACCAGCUAAGCAAAGAAUCAUAGAUUUGGAAAUUUUCACACCAAUAAGCAAACCCAAAUUAAACUCGACCGAAAGCACUGGAACCCGACAAGAUCAAGCUACUGAUUCCAUAUUCACCAGUCCCGUAACCGGCGAUUAUGUAAAUGAGAGAAACGGUAGGGCAUCGCCAUUUUUGAAACCGGGGUCUAGUCUAAUGACCCAGCGACUACAUUCGGUAGCAUCUGGUGCUGUUGGUGGUGCUACCUCUGUGAACCAGGGACAACAAUAUGAUGUGGUUGCGGCAACACCGAAAAAACAGACAACUGACAAAGCACCUUGUGUUAUAGCUGUGACGCCCAAUGAUAUGAUUGUUGAAGCUACACCGGUACAAAAUGAGCGGAAAAGUCCACAACUACAAAAGCUAUUAGAUGUACAAGCUACCCCAGUACAAGACAUCUCCAAACUUCAAUCUUCCACAGCUACUCUCAUUGAAGCUACACCAAACCAAGGUGCGCAGCAAAAAAUUCAGUCUCCCUUUGUUCAACAUUUGAAUGAGACUGAUGUCGAAUUCAAGUCGCCGGUUGUGCAUAAAAAUGGAGCGUUUACAACUCCCUCGGCUCACAAGACCAAGCCCGGUGAUGCUAUUGCUAUUUCUGAGUCACCUAUAUAUAAUGCAUACGCCACUGCUGGGUUGUUAUCACUACGAAACAAAGAUGGAGACGGAGAUGGCCAUGUUGGUGGUGAUGAUGAAGGUUAUGAUUCGGAUGAAAUACUUAAUCCCAAAAAAAAGAAAGCUCGGGCUACAUAUUCACGACGAUGA